AUGUCAAGUAAGAUGUUAGUCGACUCCGAGUACAUUCAACUGGAAGGAUUAAGUGACAGCAGUGAAAUGUCGCUGCGUUUGAGUCUGUUGAGUGGAAGAAAUUCUCGAAGAGUUUCAGAUAAUUCUUUGGCGAAAAAUUCACUUCAAAGGAGCAUAGAUGAAACAGUGGAGCGAAACCCAUGCAAGCGCGUGGGACUACAUCAGGUACGACGUCAAAAUAAUACAACUAGGAGAAACUUUAGUAUUGUACAGAUGUAGUUACAUCGCGGGAACAUAGUUCUUACUCUUUGACUUCCAGAAAGUAUUAUAGAUGAAAUUAAUUUCUCUAUUUGUCACCCUCAAGUAAAAACUCUACAGGUUCAGUUUAGACGCAAUUACUUUGAGGAAAAAAAAAACAAUUUGAAUUACUUGAAGCCUCACACUCCACUAAUUACAUGUUCUGGUUAAUGUAAUACUUCGCAUGACUAACGUUGUGAGAGAGAAAGCAUCUUCCAGUCGAGUAUAAAAUGAAUUAUAUUCCAAUUUCGAGUAUGUUAUCUAUGUCUAAAGUCAUGGACUAACAGAAUCGAAUGCCAUUGUCAAUCACUUGGAGCAUGUAAAAUUCACUUUUAUAACAAUAGCAGCGCAGCUGAAGUUAUUAAAUAUCAAAAAUAUUUCCAGUGACAUACUUUUUGUCUGUCGAGUGAGUAAUGUCAAUUUUCAGUGGACAAAAACCUUGUACCAGUGAUAAUAUUUUAAGCUAUAUCGCAUUCCUUUUUACCCUUUUCAAGGGCUAUAGAUAUAAUUAGUUAUCUGUCAUAACACCAACGACAAUUUCUUAUGGGAGCCGAGAAAAUGAAUUUAAAAUUUCACACUCUGGAAUUGAGAAAACUAACACCGGUAAAAUCUUCACGCCGUUAAGAUUUCAUUUUGUGAAAUUUGAAGCAUUUGAAGUUUAUUUUCUCGGGCUCCCAUUAGAACCUUUUCUAGGUGUUAUUUCAUCUAACUUAUUACACUUUUAGCCCUCGAAAAGUGUAAAAGGGGAUGCAAUAUGCUUAAAAUUAUUCUGGUACAAGGUUUUUGUUCACUGAAAAUUAAAGUUACUCAAUUUCCAAAUGGACUCCGUCUUACAGUGUAUUUUUCUUAACGUCAUAGACAAACAAACGGCUAUUUUCAAGCUGUAACGGCGUCUAACGUGCUGUUUUUCACCUUGCACAGCGUGAUAUUCCUAUAUUUUCAUGUCAUAAUAGCAACAUCAAUCUUCAAACAAAAAAAAAUGUACAAAGUUAAAGGCAAAUUUUUCGAACGUAGCACGAUUUACAAUAUGUCGCGUCUUAACAAUAGGUAAAAAAUGUAAACUAAGCUUUUAUCGCCAAAUUCAUGUUUUUUCAUUAGAUUUCCUUGCAAUUGAUUUUUCAAGAACUCAAUAUUUUUCAUGACCCCGUCUUGCCCUGAAGCUUGAUUCUCUCUUAAAAAGUUUUUUGACGUCAAAAUGUAUGGCGAAUAAAACUUCAAAGACAGUAAGUACAAAAAAGAUGAUCUCUUUGCUUCUCUACACUCCUGGCCCUCGCAAGCACUUUUACUAAACGCAGACUUGUAUGAAGCAAGGUCCACAAAAAUAUCUCAAGCUCCUUUUCAAAGGAGCAAAAAAAUUGUUACGUAACUUUGCCAGGCCAUUCAUAUUUCAACUGCUUGUGUAGGAACAAUGACGAAAAAUGGACUAACCAUGAGGAAAAGUAACCUUCAACCUUGUUAGAAUCAAAAGUCAUUCAUUAGAUUUUUGGAGUUUUUCCUUUUCUUUGGGAUUUCUUCCAAGUUAAUAAUGGAGGAAAAGCCUGUGAGAAUUAUAUUGCACGGGACAUAUGGGGUCGUAUUAAUUAAUCUCACAUUCAAUUUCUAAUUAACUUUCUAACUUCAAGAUCAUGUCUCUCGUUCACCGAGUCGGACACUUCUUUUUUGCAUUAUGUUCUCAUGUGAUUAAACUACAGGCAACUUUGGGGAAAAUAAGUAAUACUGAACAUUUGUAACACCCAUAACAGCAUAUUUUUAAAGUAUAUAACAUCAUACUAAAAUGCCUUCAAUUUUGUAAAUGUUGACAUUAAUUUUAGUCUCAUAAAAAUACAUAAACCUUCGUAAAUUGCUUGUCCUGAUGAUUUAUUCAAUGGCUUAAAUGGAGUAUUAUUAAAAGAGUUAAUGAACAAGAGUUUACAAAUAAAUGCCCAACGCAAAAAGUGCUGAGAUCUACUAAUUAAUGAUUUUAAAAGCAUAAGCUAGAAAAGUGAUAAAAGCGAUUGUUUGAUAAGACGCAGCACGCAAUCUAUCAUGACUACUGCGUUAAUAAUGGAGUUAAAUUCAUGAGAAACACUUUUAUGUCGUAAAUCUUGGUAUUUCCAGAUACAAUUACAUAUGGACAUACUCGAGAAAAAAAUGAACUUUAUUUGAUUGUCAAUGCAUUCAGCACAAAAUUCCGAGUUUCUCCUUCCGGAGACGAGCCGUCAUUUUACGUGGUCAUCCGGACCAC